AGAAGGAAUGGAAGAAAGUUCUCUUUCGACUGUUUCUCCUGUGAAUAGCUUGGGGACCAAUGAAGACAAACAGGAGAGGCAGGCAAAAAGAUCCAGAAGGAAGAGAAGAGAGAGGGAAAAGUCCUGUGAAAAUGGAAGCCCAAGUCCAGAAAAAAGGGGGAAAAAGUCCAGCCCAAGUGCCCCGUCCCACGAAGAACUCCAAAACCAAAGGAUGCUUGCUAAUAUCCGAGAGAGGCAAAGGACUCAGUCUCUUAAUGAGGCUUUCACAGCCUUGAGGAAGAUAAUCCCAACUCUGCCUUCUGACAAACUCAGUAAAAUCCAGACUCUCCGACUGGCUUCCAGGUACAUAGACUUCCUUUACCAGGUACUGGAGAGUGGUGAGACGGACACAAAGAUAACCGGCUCCAGUUACGGAGCUCAUGAGAGGCUCAGUUAUGCUUUUUCUGUGUGGAGAAUGAACGGAACAUGGUCACUGUCUGCCUCACAUGGACUAGUAUCAGGGGAAAGUUAAUUCAGCUGCCAGCGUGGUACGUAGCUCUUUCUCUCUUGGACUGCUCAUAGCCUGUUGUGUGCGUUUGUAUCUUCUGUGGAGGAGACAAGCAAGCAAGUAACGUGGCACAUGUGACUGAAGAAAGACACAGGACACAAAUCCUGGCCCUGCAAUGGACUUAC